GCAGCGGUAUGGUGGCCGGUUCUGGUGUAAAAUGCACUGGAGCAGACCGGGUGUGCUGGUCGGCCUAGCUGAGCUCGGCUGCUGCUGCUCGCCUCCGCCGCUCCCAUUUCUAUUCUAGUACUUUUUUUUAUUGCAGCAUUAUUAUUUCCAGGUCAGAAUCACAGUUUCCUGUGCGGCUUGUUUGUACUAAAAAUGGCCGGAGAUGGCGGUGCUCUGAAGGAUAUCAAUGAGAUUAAAUCCCAGUUCCGGACCAGAGAGGGCUUCUACAAGCUGCUCACCCUCUCGGACUCGCAGCAGCGGGGCGGGCUGCCGCGGGGUCCGUCCGCCGGAGCCACGCUGGGCCCCGGGGCUGGAACCGGUCCGAUACCCGGUGGAGGGGUCGGGCUGCUGCAGGGGCCCGGGGCUGCUGCCGCCGCCGCUGCUGCUGCUGCCGCCGCCGCCUCCUCCUCCUCCUCCAAUGCCGCAGCCAACUCCUCUCCGGCGGGCUUCCUGCCGCCGGUCCGGGUCUCCAUGGUCAAGCUGCAGCCCGAAGACCCGGGCGAGGAGUCGGAGAGGGUGUGCUUCAACAUCGGCAGGGAGCUGUAUUUCUACACGUACACCAACAUCAAGAAGGCUGUAGACCUCAGUAAGCCAAUAGACAAGAGAAUCUACAAGGGGACUCAGCCGACGUGUCACGACUUCAACCAGUACUCUGCCACAGCGGAGAGUGUAGCUCUCAUCGUGGGCUUCUCGGCUGGACAGGUCCAGUAUCUCGACCCCAUCAAGAAGGAAACCAGUAAACUCUUUAAUGAGGAGAGGUUGAUAGACAAAUCUAAGGUGACGUGUCUAAAAUGGCUUCCGAAGUCGGAGAACCUGUUCCUGGCCUCCCAUGCAAGCGGCCACCUCUACCUCUACAAUGUGGACCACCCAUGUGGCACCACGGCCCCACAGUACUCUCUGCUGCGACAGGGCGAAGGCUUUGCCGUUUACGCCUGUAAAACUAAGACGCCGCGCAACCCGCUUUUGCGAUGGGCCGUGGGUGAGGGAGGCCUCAACGAGUUUGCUUUCUCCCCAGAUGGCGUGCAUGUGGCGUGUGUGGGCCAGGACGGCUGCCUGCGCGUCUUCCACUUUGACUCGAUGGAGCUGCAAGGGGUUAUGAAGAGUUACUUUGGCGGGCUGCUGUGUGUGUCGUGGAGCCCCGAUGGGAAGUAUCUCGCCACAGGUGGAGAGGAUGACCUGGUUACUGUCUGGUCGUUUGCAGAGAGCCGCGUGGUGGCAAGGGGUCAUGGUCACAAGUCCUGGGUCAAUGUGGUGGCGUUUGACCCCUUUACGACAUCCCUGGAAGAUGAAGAGCCCAUGGAGCUUAGCGGCAGUGAGGAGGACCUCCACCAGGGGGCAACAAAUAACUCCAUGCACUUUGGCCGGGUUCGAACAAGCAGCACGUUGUCGCGUCUUUCUCGGCACAGCUCUAAAGGCGGCGGCUCGGCGGCGGUCACAUACCGGUUUGGUUCAGUGGGGCAGGACACUCAGUUCUGUCUGUGGGACCUGACAGAUGAUGUGCUGUACCCACGCCUGCCGCUGUCCCGCGCCUUCACUAACACUUUUGGACCCUCGCUGUCCAACUCUGGCAGCGGAGUGGUCAACAGCACCUCAGGUGGGGGAGCGGUGGAGGGGCACCAUCACCCGCCCAACACUAACACCGGCACCACCAACCCGCCAACGCUCCCCUUACCCCUUCCUCGCUCCCUGUCGCGCUCCAACUCUCUGCCCCACCCCGCCGUGGCCAACGCCUCCAAGGGCCAGGGCGCCUCGGAGGGCGGCGGGGGAGGGGGAGGAGGUGGAGGGAGCAGCGGAGGAGGAAACAGCACCCCGUUCAGCAUCGGCCGCUUUGCCACGCUGUCACUCCAGGAGCGCAAGUCGGACAAGUCUGGUGGCAGCGGUGGGGUGGAGAAGGAGCACAAGCGUUACCACAGCCUGGGCAACAUCAGCAAGAGCAACGAUAAGAUCAACGUGGCGCCGCGGAGCAACCGGCUGGACGCAGCCAAGGUCCUGGGCACCACGCUGUGCCCACGCAUGCAUGAAGUGCCCCUGCUGGAGCCUCUAGUGUGCAAAAAGAUUGCACACGAGAGGCUGACCGUGUUGGUGUUCAUGGACGACUGCAUCAUCACAGCCUGCCAAGAGGGUCUCAUCUGUACCUGGGCACGACCGGGGAAGGCGAACUUGACAGCACAAAACGGUAACUCUCCGAGCGGCACAGUGGUAUAGCUGGAGGAGAAGCUUUGCACUCAUCCCCUCCCUCCACCUCCGUUGUCUUCUGUUUGUCCGACAGCCUCUCCCCCCAUCCUCAAAAGAUUCAAAUAAAGGGGCCAACAACCAGAGACCAUACCCUACCACUGCAGUAUUAUACCCUCAGUGUAUCUCUGUUCUUGCCAUGACCAAAACCCUGUUCCUUAAUGAUUUUACUCUCAUGAUGGACACAUAGGUGGGAAACUUUUGAUGCAACAAUUUAUGAAGAUGUCAAAAUCCGUUACAAGACUAGCCAGGACCACUGAGAGACUAGUUAGCAUAUCAGCUAGUUAACCAUUAGCCAUCAGUUAUUUGCUUAGACUCAGUUCUGGUAGCUAGCUGCAAUAGACCAUAUACACUAUAUAGCCAAAAGUAUGGGGACACCCCCUUUGUCUUGGGCUGUUUAGGGUGAGUUUGUCUUGGGCUGUUUAUGUUGCUUUAUGAGGCCCAUUAGUUUGAGUGAGGGCAGCAGCAUUUGAUGUUUUCAACCAACUUGCAGCAGUUUGAGGAAAACUUUUUCCUGUUUCAAGAUGAUGGUGCACCUGUGCUCCAAGCCAGAUCCAUAAAGAAAUGGUUCUCCUAGUUUGGUGUGGAAGAACUUCACUGUCCUCCACAGAGCCCUUAACC